AACACUGCUACCUUUUAGACUGUCUGAUGUCAUCAGAUUUGCAGAGUCUUUUGGAGCAAUCAAGCCAACACUUCUUACAGAUCACCCAACAGCACCGCAAUUAUGUUGAGGAUUUCUUGUGUCCGGAUGGAGAGAAGAUAAACGUAGAUGGUGACUGCGUUCUUCACAUUCCACUCUACAGAGAUGAAGAUUCGCAGAAAAUGCUGCUCUUGGUAAACCCCCAAAAAAAAGACUCAGUUGUGGCAGUGUACUUGAAUGGCAGGUGGUGGGGUGUAGAUGACAUCUUACAGUCUUGUGUUCCCAUCCAGGAGGGUCUUAGACAGGUCCAGACAUGUGGAGAAAGGAUUGUCCUCUUUGUGCUGAACUGCCUGGUGUGUGGUUUUAUGGAGAGUGGAAGCUCAGAGAAUGGAGUCAGCUUCCUUCCACACUCUGCAGGGGAGCUGGCCAAGAUCAUUUGGCACCAUGGAGAGGCUGUGGCAUUUUACACAUACAAAAACAAAGGGAGUUUGUGUGAUCAGAGCAGUCAGUGUUACAUGCUACCUGUGCUGGACACAAUCUAUGUUCGGGAAAAAUGGCGAAAACACGGUUUUGGAAUGACUAUGUUACGAGACUUCUGCCAGAUGUUUGCCCAAGAGGAUGCUUUGGGUAUCAGCUUUCCUAUUUCUUCUGACAUGUAUCAUGUUUGUGGAAGAUUUCUUAUGGAUAAGCGUAAAGAACAGGACCGACUGUGGGAAGUUGAUCCUCCUGGGGACUGGAGCCAAAGAAUUAAUAUAUGGUUACGGAUUCAGCUUGGAGAGACCCCAGUGAAGAUGGAGCAUCCUACAGAGGAAGUGGUAGAAGCCACAAAAAAGGAACCUGUCUUGCUGAGAGGGCAGACUAGGCGUCUCACAGGCAAAGACAGUAUUGACUGCCUAACAGAACCACUGUAUCACAAGAGGAAGAUCCAGACUAGAAGGAAAUGGUGGAAGAAUGGAGCGAAGAUGAGACGGAGAAAACUUUUGAUAAACAUUGCAGAGACUAAGUGCAUGAAAAUGUGCUGA